UGUAAUUUUUUUUUUUUCUAGAAACAAAUUCAGAUUUUACGCUAUGCUUUGAUCAAGUUUAACACUUUUCUUCUUACUGGCGAAAUUGAGGUUCCGUAUCUCCUUCCUUAUUCAUAUCUUCAGUGUUAUUUUUCCUUUAAUUUUGACCAAUCUCGCCCCUGUUAUAGAUCAGAUUUUGUUCCUUUAUGGUGUAUUUUUUAGGUAAUUUUGACACACAUCAAAGAUUGUAUUUUGGUGCGUUUCUAAGUUUGUUAUAUUCUUCAGAUUAAAGAAUACCUUGGUGGGUUUAGAGGGAAUUUAAAAAAUAGACCUUUUAUUGUUGAAUAACCUGAAUUUUGAUUUAGAUUACAGAGUAAUUUGGUGGCUUUUGUGGGAGUUGGAGAAAUUGAUUUACUUUUUGUUUUUGAGUGGAAGAACUCAGCAAAAGUAAUCAAAGAUUGUAUUUUGGUUUUGUGGGGUUUGAGGAAAAUUGAAAGUUGGUUUUUGUUUGUGUGGAAGAUUGAUUGACCUUUGGUGUGUUUUGAAGUUAAUUUUUGAUUCAGAUUGAAGAGUACUUUUGUGGGUUUUGAGGGUUGGGUGUUUGUUUGUGAGGAAGGGAAUAGACAACAGUAUAUCAAAGAUUGUACUUUUGGUGUGUUUUGAAGUUCAGAUUGAAAAAAAAACAUACUUCUUGUGGAUUUGAAGGAGUCGAAACAUUGUUGGUUGUGUGUUGGUGGGGAAAGUUAAGCUACACUCAUCAAAGAUUGUACUUUUGGUGUGUUUUGAAGCUCAGAUUUAAGAAAACAUACUUCUUGUGGAUUUGAGGGAAUCGAAAGGUUGUUGGUUGUGUGUUGGUGGGGAAAAGUUAAGCUAGAGUCAUCAAAGAUUGUACUUUUGGGGUGUUUUGAAGUUCAGAUUGAAAAAAAACAUACUUCUUGUGGAUUUGAGGGAAUCGAAACGUUGUUGGUUGUGUGUUGGUGGGGAAAAAGUUGAGCAACAGUCAUGUUCUAUGGUACAGUGGUGUGGGAUCCAUGGUUAAUUGUUGCUCAAAUUGGGUGUAUUCAAUGCUUAUACUAUUUGACGUUAGGGAUAUUCUUGGAAAUUCUUGUAGGGUCUCGUGUUUCUCGAAUGAGUCUUGUCUAUUUCUUUGAUUACGCCACUGUUACUGCUUCAACUGUCACCGGAUGGUGCGUCAUUGCUUCCUUUCUUCUCAGUUCACUUGCCGGAGCUGGCAUUUUACUCUAUUUGAUUGAGAGGGCAAAGAAGUGCCUAGAUUUUUCUGCAACACUCUACAUCAUCCAUCUUUUUAUAUGCAUUGUCUAUGGUGGUUGGCCUUCCUCAUUAACAUGGUGGAUUGUGAAUGUUACUGGGGUUGCUGUGAUGGCAUUGUUAGGUGAAUAUUUGUGUAUAAAACGUGAAUUACGAGAAAUUCCCAUUACAAGAUACCGAUCAAGUGUUUGACUAAGUAGAUGUUCAACAGCAAACAACAUUUUUCUUUUAGUCAUGCAGCCGGUGGCUUCUUUAACUCAUUUACUAUUUGAGAAGAUUUGAAGCGUCUCUAUGCAAUUUAUCUCAUGUUUGUGGCAAUGACAUACUGGGGACUGCUAGGAAAUUGCCAAAUUCACAGAGGAAAACACGCUAAGCACCUGAGUUACUAGGUGAUUUCUUUUCAAUCCAAAGAAACUUAGAAAGAAGUAUAGCAACUUUAAUUGGAUGUUCGUUGUUAACAAGCUACUUGUACAUUAAGUUAUUCACUCAGGAUUGAUCAUUUGUCAAGUUGCAACGUUUUGCAGCCAAUAUUCUGUCAGAUAGUUAGAACUUAGAAGUUCUUUGGUCCUACUUGUUCCUGCUGGGUUGUCUUUCCUUGUGUUUGAACCAGGAUAAUACGAAUGGUUGAAGAAUUUGUUCGAGUUACUAAUAUAUCAGAAAUUCAGAAUAAUUUUCCAGGUCCUGAAUAGGAGAAAAAGCUAGUCAAGUUGCUAAAUGUAAAUUUUAUGAAGUAUUAUUUAGAACAUGUGGAACGGAAAGCGUUUUUUUUUUAAUGUUUCAAAGUGCAGAAAGA